AUGUGUAUUCCUCUUCUCUUUCCCUAUCCAGUUUCUUCUUUUGGAUUUUCUUUUUCUUGCGUCUCCUUGGCAGUAAACAACGUACGGUUGCUUUUCUAGAAAGUUAUUUGAGCAAGAUGGGAAACUGUUUAGCGUUUGAGAUAUCCUGCGAUCAAGUGUUGAAUCAUGCUUGUGGCUGCUUAUUUGGUGAUCAAAAUUACAUUCUCAUGAUGGAAGGAAACCUCGAGGCUCUGGAGAACACUAUGCAAGAACUCGAGGCAAAACGAGAUGAUCUGUUAAGAAGAGUUGUCUUAGAGGAAGACAAAGGUUUGCAACGGCUUGCUCAAGUCCAAGGAUGGUUUUCAAGGGUAGAAACUGUUGGGUCCCAAGUCAAUGAUCUGCUUGAGGCUAGAUCAGCUCAAACUAGAAGAUUGUGUCUAUGCGGAUACUGUUCUAAAAAUCUCAUCUCAGGCUGUGAUUAUGGUAAAAAGUUAGCCAAGAAACUGAACGAAGUUCAAGGACUUUUAUCGAAAGGAAUUUUUGAAUUGGUGGCAGCGAAAGGUCCUGCACCUAAGGUGGAGGAGAAGCAUAUACAAACCACUGUUGGUUUGGAUACGAUUGUCGAAAGCACAUGGAACCACCUCAUGAGCGAUGGACGCAGAAGUUUGGGUCUUUAUGGUAUGGGGGGAGUAGGCAAAACCACUCUCUUGACUCGUACUAACAAUAAGUUCCUUCAAUUGAUGAGUGGAUUUGAUAUUGUGAUAUGGGUUGUGGUCUCCAAAGAUUUGCAAAACGAAGUCAUCCAGGAGCAGAUAUUGGUAAGACUAGGUCUCGACAAGGAAUGUAAACAAAAAACCGAAAAGGAGAGAGCCGCUUACAUAUACAAUAAUCUUAACAGAAAGAAGUUUGUGCUGUUAUUGGAUGAUCUAUGGAGCAAAGUAGAUUUAAACAAAAUAGGAGUUCCACCUCCAACUCAAGAAAAUGGAUCCAAGAUACUUCUCACCACUCGCUCUAUAGAAGUUUGCAAAGAUAUGGAGGUUGAUGAGACGAUGGAAGUUAAGUGUUUGUCUCCAGAUGAUGCUUGGGAUUUGUUCCAAAAGAUAGUUGGAGAUCAAACCUUGUUAAAGAGCCAUCAGGAAAUUACCGCACUUGCUAGAAAAGUUGUUGAGAAAUGUUGUGGCUUGCCACUUGCUCUUAAUGUCAUUGGCAAAGCCAUGACAUGUAAAGAUACUAUACAAGAAUGGGAACAUGCCAUUCAUGUGCUGAAUUCGUCUAGCCUCCGCUUUCCAGGCAUUGAAGUAAAUCUUUUUUCCGUUUUGAAGUUCAGUUAUGAUAGUUUGAAGGAUGAGAAAGUCAAAUCAUGCUUUCUAUACUGUUGUUUGUUUCCGGAAGAUUUUCAAAUUGAAAAGGAGGAACUGAUAGAAUAUUGGAUAUGCGAAGGAUUCAUAUAUGGAAAUGGAGAUGAAGAUGUAGCAGCUAACUACUACCAAGGUCAUGAUAUAAUUGGUACGUUACUUCGUGCACAUUUAUUGAUGCAUGGUGAUUUCUCAAACAAUGUGAAAAUGCAUGAUGUGAUACGUGAGAUAGCUCUUUGGAUAGCGUCUGACUUUGGAAAACAGAAAGAAACACUCUGUGUUAAAACCGGUGUCCAGUUACGCCAUGUACCGAAUGACAUCAACUGGAAAGUUAUGAGACGGAUGUCUUUAGUAAGUAAUAAGAUUGUGGAGAUAUCUUGCAGAAGCUUCAACUGCCCCAACCUUUCAACCCUAUUACUCCAGAAAAACAAGUUGGUGAAUAUUUCAGGUGAAUUCUUUCGGUUUAUGCCAGCACUUGUGGUCUUGGAUCUUUCGGAAAAUGAGAGUCUUUCUUGUUUACCGGAAGAAAUAUCUAACUUGGGUUCGUUACAAUAUCUCAACUUAUCAUCCACGAUGAUAAAAUGGUUACCAGUUGGUCUCAAGGAGUUGACGAAACUAAUCAACCUGAAUCUGGAGUAUACUAAUCAACUUCAAAGUCUUGUUGGGAUAUCAACAAUUUUACCAAAUCUUCAAGUGUUAAAACUGUUAUGUUCUCGUGUUUGUGUUGAUGACAGAUUAAUAGAAGAGCUACAACUCUUGAACCAGUUAAAGAUUUCAACAGUAACCGUCGAUGAUGCCAGGAUUUUGGAAAGUAUACAAGAAGUGAAGCAACUGUCAAGUACUAUCCGAGGUUUAUGUCUCAACAACAUGUCAGCUCAUGUUGUUAGAUUAAACACGGUGGCUCUAGGUGGUCUUCACCGCUUUAUAAUUCUGGACUUCAAAAUCUCUGAGAUAAAGAUAGAUUGUUGUAAAAGCAAAGAAAGUAAUGCGGGGAUUUCACCAAUGUGCACAAGUUCUCAAGGCUUUAAGCACCUCUCCAUUGUUCAAACAUUCGAGUUGGAAGGUCCGAUGGAUUUUACAUGGCUGUUGUUCGCCCAAAAUCUCACGUAUCUAUCUGUAAGGGAGUCAUUGAGCAUAGAAGAAAUAAUAAACAGAGAGAAAGCAAUAAGUAUUACCAAUGUGCAUCCGGAUAUUGUAGUACCCUUUGGGAAGCUGGAAACUCUUGAUGUAAGUCUUAUUGCCGAGUUAAAGGGAAUCUGCUGGAAUCUUCCAGCUCUUCGGACUACCCUGAAAAACUUCACUACCAUUGACUGUCCAAAGCUGUCACUGAGUUACUGAGACACGAAGAAUAAUGGAUGGCAAAUUGGAAGCACGUACGAGACUCCUAAACACCUUAUAUUACAGAUCACAGCUGUAGUCCUCCUCUCUCUCUCUCUCUCUCUCACUGGCUUGAUUUUCACACACUCUGUGUAACUGUAUCCUCUAUGUUCUCAAUUUCGUUUGUGUUUGUUGUCUAGUUGCAUUUUCCUUAGUUGCACUUCCCAAAGUGAAAGUGCAACAGAGCUCUGAAGGGAGCAGACAACUGUGAAGUAUCACAGAGGGCUGAUGUGGAGAAAUAUUGUGAACGUGAUGACAAGAUGCGUGGGAAGGAAGGAAGAAGAGAUCAAGAUAUACUCGAAGAUAUUGAGAGUAUAUUUGAUAAGAAGAGAUAAGGGAAGAUAUUUUCUUAGAGAUAGGGAAUAUUUCUUUUUAGCUAGGAUACACAAAGAUCUAGGUUAGAGAUCGUUUGUGGGGUUAUAAGUAGGCGUGGGCUAGCCACAAAAAGAGCUAGCACUCGUGGGAUAAAAUUUGUGAGAUUUGUAUACCUUCAAGCAAAUACAAAAAGCUUUGAAGGUGAGUGUGUUUUAACUCUUUUAGAUCUACAC